UUGCGAUCCUGUUCUUCUUCCUACCUUCUGUUGCGGUUGCUGCACGUGGCAGGAAUGUCAUGUCGGGGGGAGCAGGUGUGUGGAGGUGGUCGCCUCUGGUUCGGUACUCAUCCUCUAUCAAUCCCUCAAUCUGUGGUUCGAUUGCCCUCGUGGAACCCCUUGGAUACUCGUCGUUAGGGGCAAAGACCCCCUAUAACCGAUCAAAUACAAGGACUGGUCAUAUACUGCACCCUGUAGCUGGUAGUAGUAGUAGCUGAGAUCUGAGAGGACGUUGAACUGGCCUUGUAAUAAUGUGGUUCGAUCCUUGGCAUCAAAAAUCCCACUCAGGGCUCGAGGCUGGUGGCACUGGCACCCACACGACCACUGGAAGAUCAACAUCUCGAUCUCUCCCUUUUCAUCUAUCGGAUCUCAAACUCCGAUUCUUCCUAGAUCGCAGUGGCACCCAUCUCGCGCAGUAGUAGUGGACCUGUUCACAACAUAGUCCCCAACCUGACUUUGACUUCACAAAGCAAGUCUUGAAAUUCUCUUGCGCGUGAAUACUAUCAAUAGAUCGGUCGCGACUCUUUUACAGCAACCCACUCAACUCAACUACUCUUGUCAUCACCAUGUCGGAAGAAUUCUCGUCGCCGCCGCCAAGGCAAUACCGGUCCGAGGCAUCCAACAACUGGCGCGCCAAAGACGACACUCCACGUGUGGAUCAAUCACAGUCCCAGUCCCAGCAGCCGCGCAUGCGAUCCAACUUCAACAGGACCAACAAUGGAUCGUAUUCCAACAACAACACAAACUCUUCUACGUCUGCAGAUGCAUCUGCGACACCUGGCACGCGUCUUUAUGUCGGCAACCUGCUCUACACGAUCCAAAAGGGCGAUGUGGAAGCCUUGUUUGCCGAGCACGGCUUUAACGUGGUUGGAGUCACCAUUUCGACCGACCCUUUCACAGGCCGCAAUCCCAGCUACUGUUUUGUUGAUGUCGACAGUCCCGAGGAGGCGCAGCGGGCAAUUGCCGAGUUGAGCGGCGUGGAUUUGCGCGGACGCGCUCUGAGGGUCAGUCCUGGCGUCGCCAGACGUGGCCAAGGCCAAAGUGACAGCAAUGGCAACGGCAACGGUGGUCGAGAAGCCCGCGUCAAGAACUACGACCAGGGAUGGGGCCGAGAGUCGAAAGAGGAGAGAACUGGCGACUACAAGCCGACUUUUGACCGCUGGAACCGCACCGAUGCUUCUUCGCAUUGGCAGGCACCUCAGACCGAGGGCCGGCGUCUGUUUGUCGGGGGUCUGCCGCGUAUCGAGCCGCAAUCGGCGCUCGACGAGGAGAUCCAGGUUCUCUUCGCCACACACCUCCCUGACUCAAACACCAAGCCCACCGCCGUGUCCAAGCUCAUCUCGCCGCAUCCCAGCAAGGUCGUUGGUGGCGAGCCCGGAAACCACUAUUACUGCUUUGUCGAUCUCGAGCGUGCCGAAGACGUGGAUGUCGUCAUUGAGAAACUCGCCGGCGCCCAGGGCAGCUGGGGUGGAGCAGUACGUGUCGGUCGUGCCCGAGAGCAGAGAGAGCGUGGCCCCGAUAGGAAGGUCGUCAGAGAGCAAGGACUCCGAAACGAUGGGGAGAGGAAACCCUUUGAAACUGGAAGCUGGAGGAGAGAUUGAGGUUCUGUUCUCGAAUGAAAGGAGGCCAAACCUGGCUGUAACGCGGCCGUUACCUUACGCUUGCUUGUCGGUGGCCAUGGACCCAAGUAAUCCAGGAGGAUGCGCGUGCUCAUGCUCGCAGAGGUGUCAGAUGUCGAUUCUUAUCAGAGUGCUUCAAGUUGAGGCAGGCGUUGCGGAAACGGCACGACAGUGCUGCUGGCUGCCAGAUUAGCAUAUCAGUGUGGCACGAUAAAUACGCCUCAUGAGCCACCUCCGCUCGUGCCGGACCAAAGAGUCCUGUUGUGUAAGAAUAAACUGGAUACGAGAACUACGUAGUGCAAAGCUCUACUCACGGGAGAACAAAUCUCAGCCCAUUCGACGAUCGG